GCACCAGGGCGCAUCUCCGCCAGGCGCAGGGAGCAGAGCACCCAGGUCCGGGCGGCAGACGUGGCAGUGCAUGGGUCGUCCUGCCAGCAGCAUGCUGCAGGUCACCCCAUGGGGCUGGGCCACACUGCCCCUCUUCCUCGCCCUCCUGUCAGGUUGCCUGCGUGGGGUCGUCACAUCCGCAGGGACCAUGACCCCCAAUGCCACAACGAACUGCUCGGGGUCGCCUACAAUCCCGCCAUGGGGCAACACCAUUGUGCCCGAGCAGAAGGCAGUGGCGAAGCCACUAAAGUCAGAAUCCGUGAUGGUGGAGACCAACAAGACCGGCCAGCUGCCGUGGCCCCCGCUGUCGGUGCUGCAGGUACAGCCUGGCCCCACAUCGCUCACGGUCACGGUGGGCAGCCUGGCUGAGCUGCGGUGUGAGUUCCAGGCCAACCCGAAUGCCUCCGUCAUCUGGAGCCGUGCCUGCAGCGCCAACUGCACUGAAUUGCUUGUCAUGGUCAAUGGCUCGGACCGCUGGAUCAGCGUGGAUGGGCACCGCGGCACCUCCCUACUCGCCUUCCCCCAUGCUGAGAAGCAGCACUCUGGGCUCUACUACUGCCGUGUGGAGGCGAACGACAUGCAGGGGCAGUCCUGCGGCACCUACCUGCGUGUCCGCAAGCCCAUGCCCACGUCCUUCCUGAACAUGCGGGAGUCCACCAAGAACCAGAUCAUCACGGCCGAGGGCAUCCUGCUGCUCUUCUGUGCUGUGGGGCCUGGCCUCUUCCUGCUCUUCAGGAAGAGGUGGGCGAACGAGCGCCUGCUGCAGGCCAAGAAGAGCGCAUACGAGGAGGAGAACCUGUACGAGGGGCUGAACCUGGAUGACUGCUCCAUGUACGAGGAUAUCUCACGGGGGCUCCAGUCCACCUACCAGGAUGUGGCCAACAUCCGUGGCUCUGACAUCCAGCUGGAGAAGCCAUAAGGCCCAGCUGCCCCCCUGCUUCCUGUAGCCCCCUGCCACACGGAGGUGUCUCGGCACCUGCCCUGUGCCCUGCUACACAAGAACCCCUGGCCCUGCCGCUUGGGACCACUGUCUGCUUUGCAGCUGCAAUAAAGUGUGCCUGGUGUGGUUGUA